AUGGAUAUCCUUCAUGCAAUCACCAAGCAAACUGACUUCUCCUUGAAGCUGGCCGAGCAAUUCAUGUCGACCGAUGAAAACAAGAACCGCAACUUCGUGUUCUCGCCCUUACUCGUGCACAUUGGUUUGAGCAUGACGACAUUUGGGUCUGGUGGGCCGACCCAAGACCAGCUUUUGGGCUUUCUCGGGUCCAAGUCCAUUAAUGAAAUUGAAUUGCUACUUUCGCAGCUUUUUACCCCGAUGUUGGACGAUAGGGAGGCGUUGGGCGGGCCCCGUUUGUCAUUGGCCAACGGGGUUUGGGUCGACAGGAGUCUAACAUUGAAGCCCACUUUCGAAAAAUUCGUCGUGGAAUCUUGUAAGGCUACACUUAAAAGUGUUGAUUUUCAGUCUGAGGCCGAUGAGGUAGCAAAGAGAGUUAAUGCAUGGGCAGAGGAGAAAACAAAUGGCCUAAUCAAACAAGUACUACCACCCGAUUCGGCUAACAAUCUUACGAGGCUCAUCCUUGCCAACGCACUCUACUUCAAAGGGACCUGGAACAAUUAUUUCCAUAAAAAACUGACGAGUGACCGUGAGUUUUUCCUUUUGAACGGUAUCUCUGUUCGCGCGCCUUUCAUGACGACCUCCGGGUCCCAAUACUUCCGUGCAUUUGACGGAUUUAAAGUCCUAAGACUUCCAUACAAAAAUGGCCGUGAUAGUGAGCACAGGAAAAUUUUUCAUCCCAAAGUUCAAAAUAAGUUCGGUUUCGAAGCGUCUAAGGUUCUCAAGGGGAAGGGAUUGGUUCGUCCUUUCUCGUCCGGGGGACUGACCGAGAUGGUUCGGGAGUCAGGUCCCGGGAAGGAACUCUUUGUGGCGGGCAUGUUUCAGAGGUCCUGCGUCGAGGUGGACGAGCAUGGGACAGAGGCUGCUAGUGCUUUUGCUGUUAUGUGUGGGGGUGGCCCUGGACCUUAUGAACCAAUGAAUUUUGUGGCUGACCAUCCUUUCAUGUUUGUGGUGAGGGAAGAUGUGAGUGGUGUGGUGUUGUUUGUUGGUCAAGUGCUUAAUCCCCUCUCUACAGAUUAG